AUGUUCAAAUAUGUCCAAUCUUUGGAAAAUACAUCCAUAAUAUUGGAAAGUGAAGCAGAGAAGGAUUCUGAAAAGGUGGUGAUUUCUUCAAAGGGACUUUGGACAAUUAACUCCAUUGGACGACUUGGCAACCAGAUGGGGGAGUAUGCAACACUAUAUGCAUUGGCAAAAUUGAAUGGUCAUCAAGCAUAUAUUUUACCUUCCAUGGCCAAUUACCUGUCCCCUAUCUUCAAAAUUACCCUUCCAACCCUCCAUGAUAGUGUGAGAAAGAAAAUACAUUGGAAGAAUUAUAAUCUCAAUGACUGGAUGGAGGAUCAGUACCGUAGUAUUCAAGGAGAUUAUGUCAGCCUCUCAGGAUACACGUGUUCCUGGACAUUCUAUCAUCAUAUCCAUUCAGAAAUUCUUCGUGAGUUAACUUUUCAUGAUUUUAUUGUAGAAGAGGCUAAUGCAUUCCUAAGACACAUUAGAGGUGAGCGAAAGAAUGUGACGUAUGUUGGCGUUCAUGUUCGAAGGGGAGAUUAUGUACAUGUCAUGCCAAAUGUUUGGAAAGGAGUUAUAGCUGAUAAGAAAUAUUUAGACACAGCAAUGGCCUACUUCAGAAAUAAAUACGAAAAUGUGGUUUUUGUAGUGACAAGUAAUGGAAUGGACUGGUGUAAGCAAAACAUUAAUAACUCCAAAGGAGAUGUUUACUUUUCAGAUGAUCCCAAGCAGACUACUGUCGCUUUUGACUUUUCUAUCCUUGCACAUUGUAACCACACAAUAAUGACAAUCGGGACAUUUGGUUUCUGGGCUGGCUACUUGGCAGGUGGGGAGACAAUUUACCUCACAAACUUUACUUUGCCUGAGUCACCUUUCCUAAAAGUGUUUAAAUAUGAGGCAGCUUUCUUACCUGAAUGGAUUGGAAUUCCUGCUGAUCUCUCACCUCUUCUGCAUGAAAAUGCUUCAAACUUAGUCCAUUAGCUGCAUGUCCCAAUAUUCUUCUAAGAUUUCAUACCUCUUGAAUUCAAUACAUUUUCAUUGGUCAAGAAAUUAAACUAAAUACUUCAAGCAAAUUGAG